AAAAACUAUGUUUUCAACAGAAGUAUGGGGACAAGAGCCCAACGUUAGCAAACGGCCUUUGGCCAGUUGCAAAUUACAACUAUAGAGCACCAACCAUUGCAGAUAAGAAAAUCCCCACACACACACCCACCCCCCCUCCCAAAAAAAACCGUGGUGACACGUGUCGCCCACAGGUUUUUUUCUUCCUGAAUUUCUCCGAGAUUUUUCUUUUUCAAUCCUAUGCUGAAGGAUUGGUGGGAAGGCAAAGAGAAAAAGUUAGAAGAAAGAAAAGACCAAACCUUUUUCUCACUACGGCACCAACUAACCGUUGAAGCCACACACAGAGAUUCAGAGGGAAAAGAUGUCAGCUGCUUCACUUUGCUCAUCAACUCUCAAGUCCCAGAUCAAUGGACUUGGUGGUGGUCUUAAGCUUCAAAGACCAUGUCUUUCUCAGCCCACCUCUCUUACCUUCACAAGGAAGAAAUGUAAGACUCUGGUGAAGGCUUCAGCUCGGGUUGAUAAAUUCUCAAAAAGUGAUAUAAUUGUUUCUCCAUCUAUUCUUUCUGCCAACUUUGCAAAGUUGGGAGAGCAGGUAAAAGCUGUAGAGUUGGCAGGUUGUGACUGGAUUCAUGUGGAUGUAAUGGAUGGUCGUUUUGUUCCAAAUAUUACCAUUGGACCUCUUGUAGUUGACGCCUUGCGCCCUGUGACAGACCUUCCAUUGGAUGUGCAUCUGAUGAUUGUGGAACCUGAGCAGCGAGUGCCAGAUUUUAUCAAAGCUGGAGCCGACAUUGUCAGUGUUCAUGCUGAACAAUCGUCCACCAUUCAUUUACAUCGUUCAGUUAAUCAGAUAAAGAGUCUGGGAGCUAAAGCUGGAGUUGUCCUUAACCCUGGUACCCCACUAACUGCAAUAGAGUACGUCCUUGAUGUGGUUGAUCUGGUCUUGAUUAUGUCGGUAAACCCUGGCUUUGGCGGGCAGAGCUUCAUAGAGACCCAAGUGAAGAAAAUUUCAGAAUUGAGAAGACUGUGCGUGGAGAAAGGGGUGAACCCGUGGAUUGAAGUAGAUGGUGGAGUUGGUCCAGCAAAUGCAUAUAAGGUUAUUGAGGCUGGAGCUAAUGCUCUUGUUGCCGGUUCUGCUGUCUUUGGAGCUAAAGAUUAUGCUGAAGCUAUAAAAGGAAUCAAGAACAGUAAAAGGCCUGUAGCAGUUGCAGUGUGAAAUGACCUCCAAAUGAUCCUGUUGUUUUCAGAAGAGGAAUAGAGAUAAACUAUUAAGCAAUCAAGUCUGCGGUCCCCCUGUGAUGCAUAGAUUCUGUACCAUACAGGGGUUUGAUAAUUCGAACUUCAAGCCCUUGGCUCUGUAACAGAUCAUUCCAUCUUAAUGAAGCAUUUUCUUGUCCUCC